AUUACUUUGAUACCCAAACGGGGCACAAGACCGUCAUCAAGCAAUAUAUACACGCUCGCACGCGCUCGGUCGCAUUCUAUCUCUCGCUUCUGACUGCUUCAUUCGCCCACGGCCCCUUAUCUCGGAAAACUCGCCGGGUCGAACUUCGGAGACGGCGGCGACCAUGUCGGACGAGGAACACCAGUUCGAGUCUAAGGCCGACGCCGGUGCUUCCAAGACCUACCCUCAGCAGGCUGGUACUAUCCGCAAAAACGGUUACAUUGUCAUAAAAACCCGCCCUUGCAAGGUAGUGGAAGUUUCAACAUCCAAGACAGGAAAGCAUGGCCAUGCUAAAUGUCAUUUUGUUGCAAUUGACAUUUUCACUGAAAAGAAGCUCGAGGAUAUUGUUCCAUCUUCACAUAACUGCGAUGUCCCCCAUGUGAACCGUGCAGAUUACCAGCUCAUUGACAUUUCUGAAGAUGGAUUUGUAAGCCUGCUUGAUGAGAAAGGUAAUACUAAGGAUGAUCUCAGGCUUCCAACUGAUGAAACACUGUGUGGUCAGAUAAAGAGCGCAUUCGAAGAUGGCAAGGACAUUAUUGUGUCUGUCAUGUCUGCCAUGGGCGAGGAGCAGAUUUGUGGUCUCAAGGAUCUCAGCAAGUAGAUCACUUCAGUGUCACUCUGAAGUCUGAACCCAAAUUGUUGAAGACUCUUAUACUAUUAUAUCUUCAUAAUAUAUGAAUAAGUCCCCAAAAUAGUUGGUGUUUUAUAGUUUGGAAUCAUGUUGUGAUGAUGUUGUUCUAGUUGUAAACUUAUCGUAUUUGGUUGCCCGUAUCAGAAUUCGGUCUGAUUGGCUGUUUACUCCAAG